GUGGGUGGGGAAGGGGCCGAGUGGGGAGAGGCGAUCCCGGGCCUGGCACCCUCGGGGCGCGCCUGGGCCCCGGCACAGCCUCGGCUGAGUGCCGCAAAAGUCAUGGGCAUGUUUUAGAAACGCUUUUCUUGCUCAUUGUCCACUCUGCGAGGUUGCUUUGCACAUUCGCUCGUGGCUGCAGAACGUCCGCUUUUGCAGUUGGGCAGAAGCCCCUGCGUGGUUGGGGCGGUUGGCUCCUCGGCCCUCUCCUACCUGGCGGCUCCGUGACGGCUGCCGAGCAGCCUCGGUCCCCACCCCGCGGCUCGCAAUGGCCUCGACCCUCGGAGAGCUUGACCCAGACGUUCCCUUCCCACAUGAGCGGCGCUGCUCUUUCCCGGCUCUUCGGCGCGGGCCGCCUUCCCUCCCUUCUGCUCUUCUCCCAUCCCCGGUAGCACCGUCCGCUCCCGCAGUUAGCCGGCUCAGCGCUGCCCUCCCGGGCCUCUCCGCCGAGAGCUGCCUGCGCCUGCCCGCCAGGCCCGCUCCCCUCCCUUCUCCCUUCUCCGUCCGAGUUUACCUUACUCUCCCGCCCGCUGGGCCAGAAACAGGCUGUCGUUCGUAACUCCUUUAUUUUAAUCCUACCUCAGAUCCCUCGGCGGAUCUGACGGUUCCACUUACAAAGAGAGAAGUCUGGAGCUGGCCCAGCUUCCGCACUAGGCAGGACCCUCCCACGGGCUCCGCUUCCAUUCUUUCUCCCCAGCUCGCUGCCCACCUAGAGGCACCUCUCCGUCUUCAUGCCCUAGGACCCCCUCGCUCGAGAAGCUCCACCCUCAGCUUGUUUGUUCCUCCAAGUUCAUGCCGACUUAAAGGCGAGCUGUUGAGUUGUUGUUCCUGUGCCCCGAACUCUCUUCCCCGGCCAUCAAACAGCUGCCUGCCUCCCUCAUCAGCUCCCUCAUCAGCUCCCUCAACCUCCAGCUUGGACUGCACCCCAAGGCAGCCCCCACCCCGCUGUCCUUAGUGUCCACAGUACCUCAGUUUUUCCUGGCAGCCCCCAUAGCACCCUGUGUGUUCACCACUAUUGAGCUCGGGAGAGCUCUUCGUGGCGCCCUGGGUCUCCAGGACCUGGUGCUUAGGGGCUGUCUUUUUUGUUGUUUUUUGUUUGUUUCUUUGUUUGUUUGUUUUGAGACAGGGUCUUGCUUUGUCUCCCAGGCUGGAAUGCAGUGGCUCAGUCUUGGCUCAUUGAAACCUUCACCUCCUGGGUUCAAGCAAUUCUCCAGCCUCAGCCUCCUGAGUAGCUGGGAUUAUAGGUCUCAGUGCUGUGGCCACCACAGAGCCUAGAGGAUGUUUCACGGGAUCCCAGCCACUCCGGGCAUAGGAGCCCCUGGGAACAAGCCAGAGCUGUAUGAGGAAGUGAAGUUGUACAAGAACGCCCGGGAGCGGGAGAAGUACGACAACAUGGCAGAGCUGUUCGCGGUGGUGAAAACAAUGCAAGCCCUGGAGAAAGCCUACAUCAAGGACUGCGUCUCCCCCAGCGAGUACACGGCAGCCUGCUCCCGGCUCCUGGUCCAGUACAAAGCUGCCUUCAGGCAGGUUCAGGGCUCAGAAAUCAGCACUAUUGACGAGUUCUGCCGCAAGUUCCGCCUGGAUUGUCCACUGGCCAUGGAGCGGAUCAAGGAGGACCGACCCAUCACCAUCAAGGACGACAAGGGCAACCUCAACCGCUGCAUUGCCGACGUAGUCUCGCUCUUCAUCACGGUCAUGGACAAGCUGCGCCUGGAGAUUCGCGCCAUGGAUGAGAUCCAGCCCGACCUGCGAGAGCUGAUGGAGACCAUGCACCGAAUGAGCCACCUCCCGCCCGACUUCGAGGGUCGCCAGACGGUCAGCCAGUGGCUGCAGACCCUGAGCGGCAUGUCGGCAUCAGACGAGCUGGACGACUCACAGGUGCGUCAGAUGCUGUUCGACCUGGAGUCAGCCUACAACGCCUUCAACCGCUUCCUGCAUGCCUGAGCCCGUGGCUCCAGCCCCUGCACGGAAGGGCAGAGUCUGAGGCGAUGACUCCUGGUCCCCUAUCCGCCACACAGGCCCUGGUCAUCCACAUAACUCACUGUCUGCAGCUGCCCAUCUUGUGUCUGUCUUUGGUGUCAGGACUUUGGGGGCCGGGCCCCUCCCCACAAUAAAGAUACUCCUGCGACCCUC